ACCCCGCAGUGCCGGCGACGGCCCGAGGCUGCAGGGUGCCGAGUCCUCCCCGGAUCCUGGAGGCCGAGAAAGCCCCUGGAGUCAUGGCUGUGGGCAACAUCAACGAGCUGCCCGAGAACAUCCUGCUGGAGCUCUUCACGCACGUGCCUGCCCGCCAGCUGCUGCUGCGCUGCCGCCCCGUCUGCAGCCUCUGGCGAGACCUCAUCGACCUCACCACCCUUUGGAAGCGCAAGUGCCUCCGCGAGGGCUUCAUUACCGAGGACUGGGACCAGCCCGUGGCCGACUGGAAGAUCUUCUACUUCCUGCGAAGCCUGCACAGGAACCUGCUACACAACCCGUGCGCGGAAGAGGGCUUUGAGUUCUGGAGCCUGGACGUGAAUGGAGGCGACGAGUGGAAGGUGGAGGAUCUGUCCAAAGACCAGAGGAAGGAGUUCCCCAAUGACAAGGUCAAGAAAUACUUCGUGACUUCAUAUUACACCUGCCUCAAGUCCCAGGUGGUGGACCUCAAGGCCGAAGGGUAUUGGGAGGAGCUGAUGGACACCACGCGGCCAGACAUCGAGGUCAAGGACUGGUUCGCAGCCAGGCCAGACUGCGGGUCCAAGUACCAGCUGUGCGUUCAGCUCCUGUCAUCGGCACACGCCCCUCUGGGGACCUUCCAGCCAGAUCCAGCGACGAUCCAGCAGAAGAGCGAUGCCACGUGGAGGGAGGUCUCGCACACGUUUUCCAACUACCCACCCGGCGUCCGCUACAUCUGGUUUCAGCACGGCGGCGUGGACACUCACUACUGGGCCGGCUGGUACGGCCUGAGGGUCACCAACAGCAGCAUCACCAUCGGGCCCCCGCUGCCCUGACUCCCCCCGAGUCCCCAUCCACCGAACCCUGACUGGUAGACUGCUGUUCCAGAAGGGGAGCCAGACGACCCCACCCCCUCAGUCUGUCUGAGCCCCCAGUUGCCUUGUCUUUCAGGGCCUUUGGCCUGGGCAGCCCUUGUGUGCUGUGGAAUCCACUGGUGGCAGGGGCCUCUGUGAGUCCCUCUGAGAGAUGGAGCAUGCAGUCCAGGGGGUGCAGGGGAUCCCCCCCAAACCCUCCAGCCCCCUGAGUGGGUCUCCAAGUUUAAUGCCAACUUGGACCCUGUGUCUCUACCUUCCCCUUCCGGGAUCUCUCCAUGGUGAUGGUGGAGGUGGUGGUGAAGAGCAGGGACUGACAAGACAUGGCAAGCCUGUGGCUGCCCAGCAGAAUGCACCUGCUGGGAGGUGACUCUCAUAUCUGCCAGCCCCUGCCCCUGCCCCUGCCCCUGUUCUGUUCUGGCUGCCUGCCUGGAAUAGGUGGCUUGGCUUAGAGGCCCAGGAGGCCCAAGGCCGGGGACCAGGGUUGGGGUCCUCCCUUCAAAGAAGCUCAACAAAGUUCCCAGGAGACCCAAGGAACCCUGUACAGGGUAACUCUGGCAAGUGGGGAACAGGAUUGGACCCAAUUCUGGGAACUGGGCUGAACGUGAGCCCUUGAUGAGUAGGGAGGGGGAUUUUCAAGGUCCACCUGUCCAAGUACAGCCCCUUGCCAAGCAGCUGGAACCACGGUCACAAGAUGUCCCCCAUCCCAACCUCUGCCAUACCCCUGCCUCUGCCGGAAGGACAGCAGCGUUCUGACCUUGCCCUCUGCAUGAAGCUAAAUAAAGA